AAUCAUUCAUCGUCGUCUUCUAUGAAAAAACCCUAGCGGUACAGCGGGAGCUUCUCUGAGGUUUGCAGUAUAGGGUUUUAGAACUGUCUCCCAUGGCUCCAGCUAAAGAUGUGGCAAAAAAAGGUGACCCCAAAGCCCAAGCGGUCAAGGCGGCCAAGGCUGUGAAAUCAGGAUCAACCUUUAAGAAGAAGUCAACAAAGAUACGAACAAAAGUCACAUUUCAUCGGCCUAAGACAUUGAAGAAGGAUAGAAAUCCUAAGUAUCCCCGGAUUAGUGCACCUGGAAGGAACAAACUUGAUCAGUAUGGGAUACUUAAGUAUCCUCUCACCACUGAAUCUGCAAUGAAGAAGAUCGAGGACAAUAAUACACUUGUUUUUAUUGUUGACAUCAAGGCUGACAAAAAGAAGAUUAAGGAUGCGGUGAAGAAAAUGUAUGAUAUCCAGACUAAGAAAGUCAAUACCUUGAUCAGGCCGGAUGGAACGAAGAAGGCGUAUGUCAGGUUGACACCCGACUAUGAUGCUUUGGAUGUGGCGAACAAAAUUGGAAUCAUCUAAAUGUAUUAAAUGGUUUGGAUUUUUUGUAUGAGAAUGUGGAACUUUUUGAACUCAAGUACUAUCUUAUUCAAUUUUGACAAUUGAGUUUCAAUGAUGUACUGUUCCAUGUAAGACUCUUAAGCUUUUAUUAAAACUAGUUCUAAUUUGUGCUUUUA